CCGCUUAUAAACCAACGACUACGACAAUGAAGUUCUUCUCCACCCUCGCUCUUGUCCUCGUCCCGUCUUACGCCCUCUCAACCACCGUUGGCUACGACAGCGGCUAUGGUGUUGGCAGCAACUCGCUCGCCAACGUCGCUUGUUCCAACGGCGUCAAUGGUCUUUUGACCAAGGGAUUUACCACAUACAGCUCUCUUCCCACUUUCCCGAACAUCUCAUCGUCCGACGCCAUCGCAGGAUGGAACAGCCCAAACUGUGGGACUUGCUGGGAGUUGACAUACAGUGGGACUGGUAACACCAUUACGGUGCUAGCAAUUGACCAUGCGGCAUCAGGGUUUUACACCUCGCAGGCCGCAAUGGAUGCUUUGACGAACGGGAACGCAGUCGAGUUGGGAGUGGUGCAGGCUACAGCGACCCAAGUCGACGCAUCGGCUUGUGGAUUGUAA